CCCACCAUCACUGCCACUACUUUCUCCUCCUUCACAUUCCCCUCUCUUUUAUUUAAAUCAUCAAAUCACACCCCAUCUUCUUUUCAUUCCCCUUUCCCCCUUUCACAUGGAGAAAAUGCCUUCCAUUUUCUUCUUCUGCUUCUUCCUCUGCCUCUCACAUUCUUCUUCUUCAUCUUCGUUAGAAUCACCCAUUAAUAAUGUGGCAAAGAAGAAAACCUACAUUGUUCACAUGAACCACAACCAAAAGCCUUCCAUAUAUUCCACCCACCAUGACUGGUACAUUGCAAGCCUUCAAUCUCUCUCAACUAAUUCAGAUUCAGAUUCGGAUCCACUUCUCUAUUCUUACAAAACAGCUUACAACGGUUUUGCUGCCUCUCUCGACCCACAACAGGCCCAAGCCCUUCUCGCCUCGGGCUCAGUCCUUGGCCUCUACGAGGACACACUCUACCAACUCCACACUACACGAACACCCGAGUUCCUUGGCCUCGAAACCCAAACCACCCUGUGGGCCGGCCACAGUGCCGAGGACCUAGGACGGGCUCUAAAUGACGUUAUUAUCGGCGUACUCGACACCGGCGUCUGGCCCGAAUCCAAAAGCUUCGAUGACGCAGGAAUGCCUGAGAUCCCGGCCCGGUGGCGCGGACAAUGCGAAUCAGGCCCGGACUUCUCUCCAAAACUCUGCAACAAGAAGCUCAUCGGGGCCCGAAGCUUCUCCAGAGGGUUCCACAUGGCGUCCGGAAAUUCCGGAAGCGGUUACCCAGGGAGACAGAAGGAGCCUGUGUCCGCACGCGACAAAGACGGCCAUGGAACUCACACGGCGAGCACAGCAGCGGGGUCGCCGGUGGCUAACGCAAGCCUUUUAGGAUACGCCACCGGAACGGCCCGUGGGAUGGCCCCGCAGUCCCGCGUGGCGGCCUACAAGGUUUGUUGGACCGACGGCUGUUUCGCCUCCGACAUUCUCGCCGGAAUAGAUCGUGCAAUUGAAGACGGCGUGGACGUGCUCUCGCUCUCCCUCGGUGGCGGCUCCGCCCCUUACUUCCGUGACACAAUCGCGAUAGGCGCGUUUGCGGCGGUUGAGAAAAGGAUCUUCGUGGCAUGCUCCGCGGGGAACAGUGGACCCAGUAAGAGCACACUUGCCAACGUGGCACCGUGGAUUAUGACCGUUGGGGCAGGUACACUUGACCGUGACUUCCCGGCUUUUGCGGUUCUUGGUAACAAGAAGUUUUCUGGGGUUUCGCUUUAUAAUGGGAAAGGGAUGGGAACUGAACCGGUCAGUUUGGUUUAUUUUAAGAAUUCGAACCAGUCUAGUAGCAUUUGUCUGCCCGGUUCGCUUGACCCGGAUUUGGUGAAGGGAAAAGUGGUUCUUUGCGAUAGGGGGAUGAAUGCGAGGGUUGAGAAGGGACAGGUUGUGAGGGACGCCGGUGGUGUCGGGAUGAUUCUUGCAAACACGGCGGAGAGUGGGGAGGAGUUGGUGGCCGAUAGUCAUUUGUUGCCGGCGGUGGCAGUUGGGAGGAUUGUUGGGGACCAGAUCAGGGAGUAUGUCGGGUCGGAUCCGAAGGCGACAGCAGUUUUGAGUUUCGGUGGGACGGUUUUGAACGUUAGGCCGUCGCCUGUUGUGGCUGCUUUCAGUUCGAGAGGGCCCAAUACCGUGACGAGGCAGAUACUAAAACCUGAUGUUAUUGGGCCUGGUGUCAAUAUUCUCGCUGCUUGGUCAGAAGCCAUUGGGCCCUCUGGGCUGGCUCAGGACACUCGCAAGACUAAGUUCAACAUCAUGUCAGGUACUUCAAUGUCAUGUCCGCACAUAAGUGGGUUGGCUGCGUUGCUGAAAGCAGCUCACCCAGAAUGGAGUCCCAGUGCAAUCAAAUCGGCACUCAUGACGACAGCCUACACCCGCGACAACACCCGGUCGCUACUCCAUGAUGCCGCCGAAGGCUCGUUCUCCAACCCAUGGGCUCACGGUUCAGGCCACGUCAACCCACAGAAGGCUCUCUCCCCUGGGCUUGUCUAUGAUGCCUCCACAAGUGACUACGUUAAAUUCUUGUGCUCCUUGGGCUAUAGCCCAGAACAAUUGCAAAUCUUAAUCAAGCACUCCGGUUUCAAUUGCACCAAGAAGUUCUCUGACCCUGGCCAAUUGAAUUACCCUUCAUUCUCGGUCAUGUUUGGUGGCAAGAGGGUUGUCCGGUACACACGGAGGCUGACCAAUGUUGGCGAGGCCGAUUCGGUUUACAAUGUGACCGUGAAUGUCCCGCCGGCUGUGAGUGUAACAGUGAAGCCCACCAGGCUUGUGUUUGGAAAAGUAGGUGAGAGUAAAACGUACACUGUCACGUUUGUUUCUAAGAAGGGUACAAAAAAUAAAGCUAGGUAUGGGUUUGGUAGCAUUGUGUGGAGCAAUGCCUAUCACCAAGUUAAAAGCCCAGUAGCUUUUGCUUGGACAGCGUUGUGAGAUAGAGGGCUUGGGCUUAGUACUGUUUAAAACCACAAAAGCCUAUGUCAUGAUUGAAGAGAGAGAUAAAGGCUUUGUUGCCAUAAAACACGACAUAGCAUUAUUAGUUGGGCAGUUA